CUCAGUGAACAAAAUGCAUCAAAACACAAUUUUUAAAAUCUUUUUCAUUUCUUUUUCUAGUUUUUUCUUUUAUUAUUUUAAGCAGCUAAAAGUGUUUGAGCAUCCUGGAGGUCCGGUCCAGUUCGGAUCGGUUCUGGUCCUUCAUUCGGGUCACAGGGGAGUGGUUGUUUCUAUACAGGCCACCAGGGGGCAUCAUUCGCGAGAUGGCGCUACCGGCGCUAACAGGAGCGCCUGACGGUCACUGGGCUCAGCAAGUAGCAGCUGGUUCUGACCCGGUAACCCAGAGUGCUGGUUCCGCUGGACGGGCCGACCCAGACGUGGUUUCUGCUAAAUCAGCCGCUGGAAAGCAGAAUGAAGGCUCGGUCUGAGUUAGAGCGUUGCCAUGGCGAUUCCCGCCUUUUUCCAGGUGCCGUUUUCUGGAGGGCGGGUCCAAACCUCUGGCCAACAUCACAAAGGUCAAAGUUCGACUCAAAAAUGUAAUAAAAGGAAAAAACUAAUUUAAACUAUUUUCGAAAUAUAAUUAAACAUCAACAUUUUAAUGAAUGACUAAAGUAGUUUCACUAGUUUAGGGUUUUUAGCUAAUCCUGACAAUAAAGUAGAGAAAGUUAUAAACUUAUAAAUUCUACUUCCGGUCUCUCCGCCAGUAGCAACAUCCGGCUGUUGAUCACGUGACAUAUGAUGGGGAAAAAUGUUUCCAUAAAAUUCAUCAUCCUAAAACUUUCUGUUUAACCAGGAAAGUUCGGGUUCGUUCAGGAAAUCAGCCACCGGAACCGGACCGAAGCUUUAUUCACUGAUUUAAACCUUCAGAUCUUGAACCGGAUUUCUGUCUCACCUCGGUUUAAAUGUUGGAGCCAUUUUACUGAAAACUUCCAGGUUCUGCCGAACUAAACGGCCCGUUCCGGUGAUUCUGGCCCGGUUCUGAUGGAUGAACCGGUCCGGGACCAGGCGGUUCGGUCCGCGGCUCUAGCCCGGCCUCGGGCUUCCUAACUCGGUGUUCCGCCCUCCGGCUGAUUGGACCCAGGUGUCUGCUCCAGAAGAACCGGGCCAGCUGCUGCAGCUGUUUGAUGUUGCUGCUAAUUAUAACCCUGGACCCGGUUCUGGUUCUGCAGAGGGUCUGACUCACUGCUGGGCCGGCCAGAGGCUGGAUUACUCCCAGCUGUGCCUGGAAACGAGCGGAACCGCGUUCCUGCAGGACCGGGAAGAACCGAAGAACCCGGCUGGUUUCAGGCGUGAGACUGGUCAAUUAUCCGGAGAAAAGCUCCGAGUUCUGGACGGGUUCGGGUCUAAACUGGACCUGGAGGUGUAGGGCUGAACGUUGUCACAUUCCGGACCCACCGGCAGGAAACGACUGGACCCGGAGCCAGCGCUACGGAGCGACAACAGUGGCAAUAAUUGAAUGUAUCCAGCCUGUCAUAUUUUCACGAUCCGCCUCAGUUUGUAACUAAAGAGCUAAAUGUUUAAUUAGCAAGCUAAGCACUUAGCUUCAGAGUUAACAGUUAGCUCCAGUCUAAAUGUUUAGUUUGCUAAGUAAAUGUUAGCAAACAGUUUAAUUCUGAAUAUUUGCUUAGUGGAGCUAAAUAUUUAGCUAAUAUGUAAAAUCACUUGCAGAUACUAAAUGUUUAGUUUCCUGUUACCUGCAGCUGAGUUUAGAUAUUAGCUAAAUAAUUAGUUUGAAGCUGUGACAUUUAUUAGUUCAUUUAAUUAUUUUGUUUUAUUAAAAACUGGUCUCUUGUAUCUCAAUGAAAAACCUUUCAAAUUAAAGGUAAAAAAUAAAACAUAAAUGAACAUCAUGGUGAAAAUCGGACUGAACUUAUCAAAAUAAAAUAAAAUCUUCCUGUUUUAUCCUGAAAUGAUUUUAUUGUCCUCCAUGUUGAUGCAGAUUCAGAGCCGUGCUCUCCUCCUCCAGGUUGCCAUGGUGAACAGCAGGGUGGAGGCGGUGCUGGGCGGCGGCGGGGCGGCGGCCGCCCGGGCAUGCGCGGGCUGCGGCGGGCGCAUCGCCGACCGCUUCCUGCUCUUCUCCAUGGAGCGCUACUGGCACACCCGCUGCCUGAAAUGCUCCUGCUGCCACGCCCAGCUGGGCGAGUUCAGCAGCAUCUGCUACAGCAAGGGGGGCAUGAUCCUCUGCAAGAACGACUACAUCAGGCUCUUCGGCCACAGCGGCGCCUGCAGCGCCUGCGGACAGUCCAUCCCGGCCAGUGAGCUGGUGAUGCGGGCUCAGAGCAGCGUCUACCACCUGAAGUGUUUCAGCUGCGCCACCUGCAGGAACCGGCUGGUGCCCGGCGACCGCUUCCACUACGUCAACGGGACGAUCUUCUGCGAACAGGACCGGCCCGGCGCCGCCCUGGUGGCGCUGCAGGGCGGCAGCAUCAUGGCCGAUCAGAAGGUUUGCUGAGGAAGACGAUGGAGCCAGACGUGCCUUCUUCUUCUUCUUCUUCUGCUUCUUCUUCUUCUUCCCCGUCUGCUGCUGUCCUUCAUCAUCAUCUUCCUCCCCCUGAACGCGCCCAGUGAACCCGACAGCCGGUCCGGUCCGGUCCGGUCCGGUCAGCAGUGGACGCUCUUCUUCUUGUAAAUAAAGUUUGUUUGGGACACAACAGGAAGUCCUCCGAGGUUUACCAGGAAAUUAUGAAAACUUGAGGUUUGAACUUUGACUAGACCGCUGCAGCUCCAAAUGAUGGUCUCUGAUUGGACACAUCCUGGACCAAUCAGAGGCUGGAAGACUGAAAGUCAAGCCCGCAUCAUGAUACUUCCUCCGCCGCCUGUGUGAGCGCCUGGCCGACGUCUCGCCGCCGCAGGACGAACUUCCUGUUUCUCUGGUUUCAGUUUUUAUGCAAAUUUGUCAAAAAUCUCCAUUAAAAACAAAAAAUCCUGAAAAUAAAACGAUUUUUACUGAAUUAUCUGACAUGAAUCUUCUGUUAUGUAAGCAGAAUUAUUCAUAUCUGCUGCUCAGAAACAGCGGUGCCCAAAAUGUGGCUCGGGGGCCGUUUGCGGCCCCUGGACUGAUUUUGCGCGGCCCCUGCCUGUAGCUGGUUUUACCACAGAUUUGGCCCCAGCAGAAGAAGCCGAUGCAGAUGGAAACUUUUUAUUUUACCUGGGGCAAAAAGAUUAAAAACAAACUGAAAUCUUAUUAAAAUAGUAAAUAUUCAUCUUUAAAUAAUUAUCACUGUUUUUGUUCUUUUGUAAGAAAACAGUUUUCAUUAUUAACACCUGAUAAGUUUUUCUUUUUAAAGAGAAAACUCAAAGUUUUGUCUCUAUAAACGUUUCCACAAAAAUACUUUGUUUGUUUUAUUAAAGUAUGACAUCAUCAGAACGAGACAGAAGAAGUUAAAGCUGCAAUGUGAGUUUUCCUGUUGAAUUUACUGCAAUAAAACGUCUGAAUAAAUCACCAAA